ACAUGUAUCCUCCUCAUUUCACGCCAACUAUUCACCAUGUGAGAAACAUUAAUAACACUUCACCAUUCACACUGAGCUUUUUCCUUGUAUUUCGUUUUGAAGGUUGUCUUCUUAAUGGUGAUGUGAGCUCAGAUUACAAUUAUAUUCGACAAAUUAAAAAUGGGUCCUGAAGCCAGCUAACUAUUUGCUACUCUGCUGUUGUGGCCCCACGACCCCAAGCAUUCAAUUCAAUUCAUGGCUUCUCUGUCAUCUCUAUCUCCUAACUUUCUCUCUCUACCACACUGCUUCAUUUCCCAUAUUAGGUUCAGGGCAAAUAUCACACUUUCUCUCUCUUCUCCUCCAUUGCCCACUGGCAAGGCCAAUAUGAGAGGAGGGUUGCUUUUCAAUUGCAAGUUCCUACUUGCACUGGUUUUAGUAUCAUCUUAGGAGAGUUCAAUAAAGUUGUUGGCGAGGAUUAUUUGUUUCUCACAUUUAACCCAUACCAAACCAUUAAAAAUUGCUGAUGAUAUCGAAAAUUAUGACCAAGAGACAAUGAUGCCAUUAGAUUCAGUUGGAUCCCCAAACAGCGCCCCUCACCCUCUCAUCCCACUGUUAGCACCAUCACCAUUGACCCCAUAUACAAACAACAGCGUGCCAGUACUAUCAGGCCUCUGUCCAUUGAAUUUCACUGGUGGAGCAAGUAUAAUUAGUAUGACUGCAAUCGAUUGUUGGGCUUUCUUUGCACCAUUUCUUGCCAACGUUAUAUGUUGCCCUCAAUAUCAGGCCACCCUUCAUGUUCUCAUUGGUUAUUAUAGUAGAGACACAGGCAUGCUUGCUUUGGACUUGAAACAUGCAAAUUACUGCUUGUCUGAUGUUCAACAAUUCUUAGCAAGUCAGGGAGCAAAUGAAGAUCUCCAAAAUAUAUGCUCGAUUCAUCCUUCAAAUCUCACAGAAGGCUCCUGUCCUGUGAAGGAUGUGAAUGAGUUUGAGAGUUUGGUGGAUUUGUCUAAGCUCUUGGCUGCUUGCAAGAGGGUUGAUUCAGUGAAGGAAUGUUGCACCCAAGUUUGUCAGAAUGCUAUAAAUGAGGCUGCCACAAAAAUUGCGUUGAAUGAUGCUCAAUCUUUUAGUUUAAAUAAGGCACGCAUAGCCCCUCAACACUCUUCCACUAUUGAUGGUUGCAGAAACAUUGUUCUUAGAUGGCUGGCAAGCAAUCUUGAGCCAAGUGUUGCUACCAAAGUUCUUAGAGCAUUGUCCAACUGUAAUGUGAAUAAAGUUUGUCCCUUAGUUUUCCCAGCUACUACAAAUAUUUCAAGGGACUGCGGCAACACUGUCAACCGACGAGGUUCUUGCUGCAAGACCAUGGAGAAUUAUAUUUCUCAUUUGCAAAAGCAAAGUUUUGUAACUAAUUUGCAAGCUUUAAAUUGUGCUGCAUUGCUUGGUCGACAGUUGCAGAAAGCAAACAUCAGUGAGAAUGUAUAUAAUCUUUGUCAUAUAUCGCUGAAGGAUUUCUCUGUUCAAGUUGGAUCGCAAGAGUCUGGUUGCCUUCUCCCAAGUUUGCCAUCAGAUGUAACUCUUGACCAAACAGGGGUUAGUUUUACUUGUGACCUGAAUGACAAUAUAGCAGCUCCAUGGCCUUCUCUGUCUCAAGUAUCGACAUCUUCGUGCAAUAAAUCUAUCUCAAUACCAGCACUUCCAGCAGCAACUUCUGCUCAGAGGGGUUAUAACAAGAAUGCAUUUCUGCUACCUCUGAUGGCUUUGAUUUCUGUUUUUGUAAUGCUAUAAGCGAAAAGCUAUCUAUCUCUUUGAAUCUCCCUCUCUCCACCUGCACCCUAUCAAAGAUGGUCGAGUCCGCCAACAUGCUUCAUAUCUCGCCUCCAUGUAAAUUGUGUUCAUCAAAUGCAGCUUUCCAGACUUCAGUAGGUAAGAAAUCUGUCAAAAGCAAUUUAUGGGCUUAGACAUCGAGGAAAUAUGCAUUAUUGGUGAAGCAAUUUCCAUUGCGAUCUCAUUUCAUUGGAGCUAUCUAGUCUGCAUAGAAUCGAAGAUCAUCGGCAUUGUUCAGUAAUCCAGUAUGUGCCACGUGAGAUGGAGGUGUUUUCUUGCAGUAUCUUCCAUGAUUGUGUCUUCAUGAUUCUUCAGACUUGUCAAAUAAAAAUUAUGUACAAAAUGUGAAAUAUUGAUGAAUCGAGUAAAAGAAACAGCAUGAUCACAUUUAUUCACACGUAAGUUGAACUCUCUUGUACGGCCUCAAAAGCAAAGUUGGCCUGUG